AUGUCGACGACAAAACAACUGAGCAAGUCGCACGUCGACCGACUGGUAGAGAUAGAAGAACAACUUCUCUACCUAAGAGAAGUCCCAGAUUUCCUCCGUCUGCUGGAGGCGCGAGUUGAUGAAUUCUCCGAGAAGUUUGGAGAAAUAGACGCAGUGAAUGCCCGUAUAGACGGGUUGCCGAUACAAGAUAUAGCCAUGAGGGUUGAGACCCUAGAAAGCAAAGCUACGCGUCCUGGUAGCUUCGAACGUGGAGAUAGUUCCACGAACCCAAACACACAGAUAGAAGUACGUAUGGGUGAGUUAAAUAACUCGCAUUCCGCAAUGAUGCAAUUGUUUAACGAAAUGACAGAAGACUUCAAAGUAACCAUCGACACCCUCCGAGCUGAGAUGACUGAAAUAAGCACUAGAGUGAACCUAACCAUGCGAGCUGUGGGAAAUCAGGCUCCCAACCAAGCGAACAUGGGGUUCAACAAGUUGAAGGUCCCAGAGCCCAAACCAUUUAAUGGCAAUAGAGACGCAAAAGAUCUCGAGAACUUCCUGUUCGACGUAGAACAGUACUUCAAGGCUACGGGGACAACGUCAGAAGAGAUGAAAGUGACUUUGGCCACCAUGCAUCUUACUGAUGAUGCAAAGCUGUGGUGGAGAUCUAAAGUCAACGACAUUCAGAAUGGUCGAUGCACGAUCAAUAGCUGGGAUGAUCUGAAGAAAGAAUUGAGGGGUCAGUUCUUCCCCGACAAUGUCGAGUUCAUGGCUAGAAGGAAGCUACGUGAACUCCGACACACUGGAACAAUCCGGGACUACGUGAAACAAUUCUCUGCCGUGAUGAUGGAUAUUCGCGACAUGUCAGAGAAAGACAAGGUGUUCGUCUUUAUCSAAGGAUUGAAACUGUGGGCCAGAACCAAGCUGUAUGAACAAAGGGUACAAGACCUUGCCACCGCCAUGGCCGCUGCCGAAAGAUUGCUAGACUAUAACAGUGAACCAUCCCACCCGAAAAAGAAUGCUACAAACCCCACUGGGGGAAACAAGACGUUCAAACCCUUUACCCCAAAGAGUGGGGGAGCUGACAAGAGACCUCAAGGCCCGAAUCCCGGUCCUUCCCGAGGACCCUAUCCACAAAGUCAAAACGCUCAAAGGCUGAUGUCAUACUUCUUGUGCAAAGGUCCCCACCGGGUAGCUGAAUGCCCACACCGAGCUGCCCUUACUGCCCUUCAAGCAUCCGUUCAGUCGUGCAAUGAACCUGAAGUCGAAACGGAUUGUGAGAAGGAAGAAGACGAAGAAACACCUAGAAUGAGGGCGUUAAAAUUCCUAUCUGCCAUUCAAAAGAGGGUCAAUGGACCCAAAGGAACGUCCGAAAAGGGGCUUAUGUUCGUAGAUGCUACGAUCAAUUGUAACYCUGCAAAGAGCACCAUGGUGGAUUCAGGUGCAACCCACAACUUCAUAUCAGAACAGGAAGCCCGCCGACUGAAAUUGACUAUUGAGAAGGAUACGGGUAARAUGAAGGUCGUCAACUUCGAAGCUCUACCYAUUGUAGGAGUUUCUAAAAGAGUGAUGUUGAAAUUGGGGACGUGGACAGGCAGUGUCGAUUUCGUAGUAGUUCGCAUGGACGACUUCGACGUUGUACUGGGGAUGGAGUUCCUCAUCGAACAUAAAGUCAUACCGAUGCCUCUGGCCAAGUGUAUGAUUGUCACUAGUAAUAGUCCCACUGUGGUCACAACUAGCAUCAAACAACCUGGUGGCAUAAGGAUGAUAUCCGCGUUACAGUUGAAGAAAGGCCUCAACCGGGAGGAACCUACCUUUAUGGCCAUUCCGAUGGUCGAACAGCCGGUGGAGACAAGAGAUGUCCCACCUGAAAUUCAAGUUGUCAUGAAAGAGUAUGUUGACAUAAUGCCAGAUAGUUUACCGAAGACCUUACCUCCUCGACGAGGGAUUGACCACGAAAUCGAGCUCAUUCCAGGAGCUAAACCUCCGGCAAAGAAUGCUUACCGGAUGGCUCCACCGGAGUUAGCCGAACUCCGAAAGCAGCUAGAUGAGUUGUUAAACGCUGGGUUCAUCCGUCCAGCUAAAGCUCCCUUCGGAGCCCCUGUGCUGUUUCAGAAAAAGAAGGAUGGGACGUUGCGUCUGUGCAUUGACUAUAGAGCCCUCAACAAAGUCACAGUUCGCAACAAGUAUCCCCUCCCUAUCAUAACCGACCUGUUUGAUCAAUUACAUGGAGCUAAAUACUUCACGAAAUUGGAUCUCAGGUCGGGCUACUACCAAGUGCGUAUUGCAGAAGGUGACGAGCCUAAAACUACUUGUGUGACGAGGUAUGGGGCUUUUGAAUUCCUCGUGAUGCYUUUUGGAUUAACGAAUGCCCCUGCCACGUUCUGUACUAUGAUGAAUCAGGUMUUUCACGAAUAUCUCGAUCAGUUUGUGGUAGUCUAUCUAGACGAUAUAGUGGUAUACAGUCCGACGCUGAAAGAACACCAGAUCCAUCUCAGGUUGGUCUUCGACAAACUAAGGCAGAAUCAGUUAUACGUAAAGAAGGAAAAGUGUGCGUUCGCACAAAAGCGGAUCAYGUUCCUUGGCCACGUGAUCGAACAGGGGCARAUCAGUAUGGACACAGAUAAGGUAAAGGCGAUCCAAGAAUGGAGAGUCCCUACCUCUGUGAUCGAGUUGCGCUCCUUUUUAGGGUUGGCCAACUACUACCGACGAUUUAUCGAAGGAUUCUCAAGGAGAGCCACCCCAAUGACAGAGUUACUGAAGAAAGGAAUGACCUGGAUGUGGUCGAAGGAAAGUCAGGACGCCUUCGAAGAUCUAAAGGCGGCCAUGAUGAAAGGCCCAGUACUUGGGCUAGCCGACGUGACGAAGCCGUUUGAAGUAGAAACGGAUGCUUCAGACUACGCUUUAGGUGGUGUCCUUCUCCAAGACGAUCACCCGAUUGSUUACGAAAGUCGCAAGCUGAAUAAUGCGGAACGACGUUAUACCGUAUCAGAGAAAGAAAUGCUAGCAGUCGUUCACUGCCUUAGGUCUUGGAGGCAGUACUUGUUGGGCUCAUMUUUUGUGGUAAAGACGGACAACAGUGCAAUUUGCCACUUCUUCAAUCAGCCUAAGCUAACAUCCAAACAGGCCAGGUGGCAGGAAUUGUUAGCCGAGUUUGAUUUUAAGUUUGAACACAAGGCAGGAAAGUCCAACCAAGCUGCCGACGCUCUUAGCCGUAAAGGAGAACAUGCGRCCCUGUGCAUGUUAGCCCACAUUCACACCAGCAAAGCGGACGGGUCGAUCCGUGACCUCAUURGAGAAUAUCUUCAAARAKACCCCUCCGCCCGAACUGUGGUCGAGCUGGCCAAGACCGRGAAGACCCGCCAGUUCUGGGUCGAAGGGGACCUAUUAUUUACAAGAGGAAACARACUGUACGUGCCAAGAACGGGAGAMCUGAGAAAGAAGCUCCUACAUGAGUGUCACGAUACUCUAUGGGCGGGUCACCCGGGGUGGCAACGGACUUACGCCUUGCUGAAAAAGGGGUACUUUUGGCCAAGUAUGUGGGAAGAUGUGAUGCAAUACACGAAGACCUGUCUUAUCUGUCAGCAAUAUAAGGUAGAAAGGACUAAAAUAGCAGGGUUGCUUGAACCCCUACCAACUCCUACGAGACCAUGGGAGAGUGUGUCGCUCGACUUCAUCUCUCACUUGCCCAAGGGUUUAUUCCAGCCGUCUUUGAGAAAUUUUCAUAGAGUUUCGUGGCAGUUUCAAGGGGAAGGCUCGGGCAUUGGCAGAGGCAUUGGGAUCGAUCAAGAUCAACGUAUUCGGGGUAAUUAG